AUGUUUUCAUUAGUUACAGUGCUUGGCUAUUUCCUGGGAGACACUAAGGCAGUAUUAAAUGGCUGUGAGGACCACUGGACUCUGCAGGACACGGCCACCGUGCCUCUGCUCUUUCAGAUGACUGUGUGUGUCGACAUCCGUGUGGUCGUCCCUGGAGCCUGGGUGGCCUUCUCUUACAGCUCUGUCCACGCACCCAGACCUGAGCUGGGUCUGGAGGGGGAUGAGGAGGCACUGUAUGGGUGGUUGCUAAGGGUCCGACAUCGAUUUCCCCUCCAUCUGUCCCCAACACGCUGGCACAGGGUGUGUCUGAGGAGGGAUGUACUCCGCAACUCCUUCAGCCUGGAGGUUGAUGGGAAAACAAUGGCAGAGAGGACAGUCAUAGCUCGAGCCAUCCCACCCUCCGGCUCCCUCCGGCUGGGCUGCCGUCCCAGAGACCAACCACCAGGAGCUGCUCUCGGAGAAGUGGAGUUGUACCUGUUCCGUAUGUGGGCGGAUUUGGGUGACCAUGGCCUCUGUGAGGACGGCACUGUGAUUGGCUGGAAUGCUCGGUACUGGGGUCUGACCGGUCCCAAGGCCAGACAGAGGGACCCCAACCUUCCCUGUGACCAUAGACGGAUGAAGCGUGGGGCUCGCCUUCACAGAAGCAUUGCAAAUUCAAAUACUCAUGGAGUUGGAUGGCGACUGGCAGCCCCACCUGGUAAGAAACUUGCAGACCAUAAUAACCACUGAAAUAAUAAUUUGAAAUAUUACACCUACAGUGCUUCAUCUUGGUUAUUAUUUGUCAUCCUUCUUGCCUCUUUCUGUUACCAGAGUGCCUCCAGCUACAGCUACCUCAAGGCCUGUCUUAACGAC